CGGGAGCGUGUGUGCACGUGUGAACGCGUGUGUUUGUGUGUGUGCGUCCGAAAAGUUCCUGCAGGGGAGUGGAGAGUGGAGUAAUUCCAGCUCUCUUUAAAACAACUUCUCAGCACGGAUUCCGUCCUGGAGUUUGGCACCGGAGUGUCCGAUCAUCUCUGCUUUGUCCCGGGACACUGAUGCGGAGUUCCUGCAUCCCACACAGCGACAGAAACCGAGAUUUUAGUGUUGCAAGGAUUUAUUUUUCGAAGCCAAGGAACCACGAAGGGAUCGAAGAGGCUCUAGUCUGGAAAGUCUGGAAAAGUUCUGAGUUUCUGAUUGUGAUGGUCUUUCUGUUCAUGUAAGCUGAUCCUGGCCUUUUGGGCGGUCUGACUAUGUUCUGUGAAUUGUGUGUGGGACCUUCAGAGUGUCGGGGAGUUAACGGCUUUGUGAGAGGGCAGGCGAAAGAAGUGGCUUAAUUGAGUUGGCGACAGCAGGUCACUGAGCAGUGACUGCAUGUAGCCUUCUCCCUCAUCAGAUGUUCGGUGAUGUUUAACGCGAUGCGUGAUUGAUCAUUACCUUCUAAUGCUGCGAGGAAGCCUGGAAACGGUGACCACCGGCUGCGCACGCUGUGCGCACCGUGCACAAACUCACGGUCUUGUGCGUCGAGUGUAAAUCGAUGUGGCAUCUCCCGAGAAGCGGACGGGACCGACGGGACUCAUCCGAAACUGUUUAGGUUAUCGUAUGUUCAAGUCGAGACGCCCAGGUCUUGUACGGCGACUCUGGAGAAGCCGUGUGGUCACCGAGAGCGACGGGCGGGAUGGAAGCAGACGAGGUGAAGGAGAGCGGAACGGUGAGUGGGGCAGACACUCGGGUAAGCUCCAGAGACACGAGCAACGGUCGAUGACACACACCGACACGGCUCCGGGACUCACGGGGGAGGCUGGAGACCUGACAGAGGGCGCGGAGAGAGAGGACGAGGAACAGCCCGACGAUGACCGGGGUGCCAUGUGCGUCCCGGAGCACAGAGGCUCUCGGCGAGGACAGGAGAGCGACAGCAGGACGGUGACGUGUUGUUUGUUUGGGGAAUGGGAUUUCAGACCUCGGAGCUCUUACUGGGCCGCGAGUAAAGACGGAGCUGGCCCCUGUCAGUGCGCACCGAGGCGUGGGGUGCUGGAGGAGGACCUUGCGAGCACCGCUCACGCUUUUUUGAAGAGACUCAAGGAGAGGUCUCUGGACGCCUUGGUGAAGGCUGUGGAGACCAAAGGAGGGAUACCCGGCGAGUGCGUUAUGGUGCCGAAUACUGAGCUGCGGCUCGGUGCUCAUCACAUCUCUCCAUACUAUCUCCUUUGUAAGGUGUUCCGCUGGGGCGACCUGCCGCUCUCAGCGCGACUCAAACCGCUGUGCCACUGCCAGAGCUUCGGUGCGGUGGACAGCGCAAAGGUGUGCUGCAAUCCUCAUCACUACAGCCGCUUAUGCGGGCCAGAAUCACCUCCACCUCCAUACUCUCUGUCCCGUUCAGAUGAACACAAGCCACUGGACUCAUCUCUGUCUUACACUGAAACUGCGCCACCCCUCUUCUCCAAUCCGCCUCUCAAUAUGCCAAGAGACUACACAGACACUGGUACCUCCAUCGGCUCGGUGACCUCUGGCGGACAUCGCUCUCACUGGUGUAGUGUUGCUUACUGGGAGCAGCGCACACGCGUGGGUCGCCUUUAUCCAGCCUACGAGCCCUCACUCAGCAUCUUCUAUGACCUACCUCAGGGCACUGGCCUCUGUCUUAGCCAACUCCAAGCCAACGCCUACCAUAGCCGGCGUGACGACCCAGGGAGCCACAGCUUGUUAGGUCAUCACGGACAUCACAGGCACGGAGGGAGCAGCAGCAGCAGUGUGCAGCAGAUACGCAGUAAAAUUGGUUUCGGCAUCGUUCUGAGUCGCGAGCCGGACGGAGUUUGGGUGUACAAUCGCAGCCAGCACCCGGUGUUUGUUCACUCGCCCACUCUGGACCCGCCCAGUGCUCGAGGGCUAAACGUGAAGAGGGUGAUGCCGGGCUUUUCUCUCAAGGUGUUCGAUUAUGAGUGCUCCAGCUGGAUGGCAGAGCACAGCGUCAAGCCCGAGAGCCAGGAGGGGCCCUGGGACCCCCACAGUGUUCGCAUCAGUUUUGCAAAAGGAUGGGGGCCCUGCUACUCCAGACAGUUCAUCACUUCCUGCCCCUGCUGGCUGGAGGUGCUGCUCAAUAACCACAGAUAGCACGCGCACACACGCUCAUAGACUCACAGGAAGCGUCCUGAUCCAGUAUCCUAAUUGUAAUCUACCUAGAUUUAAUAUAAAAUUUAUAUAUUAUAUAAAAUAUAUUAUACUUGUAAAUAUUUGAGUCAUUUUUACAAUGCAAUUAUUUAUGUAUAGUGUAAUGUGUACAUGAACAAAAUAAAAAGGAACAAGAAUAUGCACUUUUGCCUCUAUAUAUACAUUACAGAUUCUCAGCGUUGUUUCGCAAACAUAAAUAUGAAACUCUCAUGAUUUAGCAAUUCCAUUGAAAAGUAUGCCACACACACAUUGUCAAUAAAGUCUUUGUAUGAAGUGAAUGUUUCCGUCAUGUUCUUGAGUGCUUGUACCUGAGCUUUGGCUGCCUUGCUUGACUUGUAUGCACAUGCAGGUUUAUAACAUUGUCAUUAAUAGGAUCCAUUAAAGGUGAGUAACUCAUUCCUGAGAAAGGUUGUUAAUGUUUGAACUCAACAACCAAACAAGCACGCCUCUUCCUUCAGUGCAAUAGACUUUACAUAAAAGAUGCACAGAGCCACUGAAACACCAUCGACUGGUAAGUAAAAUUCUGUCUUGAAGCCUCUGAGCUUGUUAGUCAUUGUCAUUUCCAUCUUGGUGUUUUGAAUUGAGGUCUGAUGAAGGUGCUGUGGACCUGACCUUCAUACUGAGGACACGCCACACUCAGACGAUGUGAACUGUUAACUACAAGGUAGCCCAACCUAAUGCACACCCUGCUUUGGCAUGAGGUCAUUAUCCCAUAGACUUCAAUACCAUCAGACUUCUCUGCGGAGCCAUGGUAGUCCUCCACCCCCUGUUGAAUAUUAGAAACAAUUGACAUUUAAGAGACUUCCACAUCAGCUUCUGUCUUCACGCGAUGGUAAGUAACUCAUCAAAAGGUCUUGCCCUCAAAACCACAGGUCGGCUUCCUGCAUACAUUUCAAGUGAUGCUAAAAACUCAGCAAGCUAACAAUGGAGAAACAUUCCAGGUUUGUAGUUUCUUAUUUUCAUGGAGGAAGCUGAACACAUACAAUGUAAUCAUACUAAUAAUGUAAGUAUGCACAAACACAAUAGAGAAGUGCGCUGAGAAGAAAAAGGGGACUAUUAAUAAAUUUAUAAGCAUACCAGAUAAACCUUAUAUAAGUUAUAGUUUUUUGGAGGCAACGAUUUUGCAUAGCUUUUUUUAAGUUCUGGGAACUAAUUAGAUUUUACAGUGGCAGAUAUUUCGUCUGUUUUUUUGUUUGUGUUUAACCAGAACAGAACAGAUAGUUCACACUCCCAAAAAGUUGAUUCUGGACCACUGAUCAAUUCAGUGAUCUUUGAUCAGUGUUGCUGAUCAAUGGUCAUGAAAAUUUGCAUAUUAAUGAUCAAGAAACUGAUCUCACAGCACGUUGUUCGCCAGUGGGCUGGUUUCAGUCAUUCUGUAAAUGUACUGUUUAUAGGAUUGGGGAAACCUGCAGUCAGCUGAGACUGAAGAAGUCACUUGGAUGAGUGACGAAACGUUUCUCCCCCUGAAAGCGUUACAUCCAGAUCAACUUUUGGGAUUUCCUUACCUGGAUGAUUGAGCAUGCAUCAAGACAGAUACGUACCCACUCCAAUGAUUGGUGAUUUGUACUGUAUGUCUGAUCUUUUAGCUGCAGUGGUUUAAAACUCCAUUCAUUUGUCAGCAGAUAUUAUAUUUUGUCCAGAUUAUAAAUGUCUUGAAAACUUGACUUAUCUUAGCAUGGUGUGCAGUGUGUCCUUAAAAACUUACAGAAACUGGACAAGUGGAGGACAAAAGAAGAAGUGGCCUAAAAACAGCAGAUGAACAGUAACUGUUGUGUCCAACCAGGGAAAAAUCCAGCAAAAACUUGACACAGGACCUCAUAGAUACAAAUGAAUACAAAUCUAAAAUGACUGGUUCAUUUCAUCACCAAUAUGUGCAAAGGAGGUCAGGAGAGAGGUACAACAGUGAGCGUACAGCCAUCUGAAAAACACUGUGGAGGCUCUGUCAUUUCAGCCAGUGGUAUUGGGGACCUUUUGAAAGUUGAUGGAAUCAUGAAGGGACCCCAAACGCACCGCCAAUGCAGUAAAAGCGAACCUGGAUAGAAAAACACACAGAGGAACACUAUGAGUCAUGGACUGGCCUCCCCAGAGC